AUGGUGUUUGGACACUACAUUCCCCCUCUGGGGCUAAAAAAUUUGCACAGCUACAAGUACUCGUCUGGAGGCUACACACCCUUGGACAAGGUCAUGAACCCGUGGUGGGAAUUUGUCGCUUCCCUCGUCCCCCCUACAGUCCACCCAAAUGUCCUGACAGUUGUCGGCUUUCUCUGCGCCAUCGGCGCGGCUGUGCUUCAGCUUACCUACUCACCGACGUUGUCGGAAGAAGCACCUCGGUGGGUCUAUCUUGCAGUCGCCCUUUUCUUUUUCCUUUACCAGACUUUUGACGCAAUCGACGGAAAACACGCGCGACGAAACGGCCUCAGUUCCCCCCUGGGACAGCUCUUCGACCAUGGAUGCGACAUCAUGCUCACCACCCCCCUCACUCUUGUCAGCAUCGCUGUCAUUACAGCCGGGACAGGCGUCACACAACACGCGAUAGCCAUGUGGAGCUCACAGGCACUCCAGUUCAUCUACAUGUGGUGGGAACUGCACUUCCACGUGUUUUACGCGGCCACAGGCUUCAUUGGUGUGACGGAGGCGCAAAUGGGGGUCAUGGGAAUGGCGCUGAUUUCCGGAACCGUCGGCUCGUGGGUGUGGAAAUACAACCUCUUGCAGCUGCUUCCUUCCCCCUUCCAGGACGUUGUCGGUUCCGUCAUGAACAUAUUCCACACAGAGCUGAAUGGCCUUUUCCUGGUCCAGGUAGCUCUCGUUGCUUGCAAUGUACCAGCUCUCCUGUACGAUAUCGUCAUGGGGAUUGCACGUGCUCCGAAACGACGCUUGGCUGCAUGCCAGGUCGCGGGCUUCGUUGGCUACAUGGCUCUUCAAGGGGCUCUGUGGCACACAUGUCUUGAGGGUCCUUGGGAAGCGCGGACGUCUCCGGGCCUCAUCUACUUCACAGUGACAACCUCGUACAGUAUUCUGCUGUUGCGAAUCUGCCUCAGUGCGACUUGUCGCUUUCCAUUUAAACUCGUUAAUGCCCCCGCAAUUCCUUUCUUCCUCGCUGCCGCUGGCAUCGUCACUUCCCCCUGGUGUCGCGAGCACCGCUACGCGCUUCUCACAUUGGUGAGCCUUUGGAACGUGGCCUAUCUCACCGACUUCUUGUACACAAGCGUUUCCGAUGUCUGCUCGUCUCUGGAAAUUUCUUGCUUCCGGGUGGAGGCGUGCAAAAGGAAAGACGGCGUUAAUGGUGGAAAGAGUGCGAACUCGGGGGCUGGCGAGAGUGCGCCUAAAGAGCUCAAGCAUCGGGGCAAGGCCGCAAUGAUGCAAAAGGAAGCCAACACUGAAGACGAGAAUAUCCCCGAUGUGGCUGUCUCUUCACGUGAAAGCAGACGGCGCGGGGCUUAGAGAGGGAGCGAAGGAAAUCAUGGACGAAAACGCGCAGCUCACCGUUUCUCCUAUGACAUUAAGGGUAACUCUCAACGCAGAUUCACCGAAGCAGUUAACCUUUCUGCGAACCGGAGUCUCUGUGGGAUGCAGCGGCAUCCGUUUUGUUUUGAACGCGGACGGCAUGCGGAAGGUAGAUGAGUCCAGCGUCGUUUUCAUGUGGGACUGGGGAGGAACCUCGCUGAACAGGACAGUCUGGUGGUUCGUAAAGAGCUCGCGAGCUGUUCAGUUGAUUUUUUGCGCCGAAACAAUCCCGUUUUUUUGUAUCCGGAAGGCCAUUCCGUGGUGCCUCGACUCUUCUACGCCACUUCCGACAAGAAGGAAACGGCGGGUCCCCAUUUCUGUUCCUUGUCUGAUUCUCUGGCAAAGUCUACGCGUGCAUGUGUUUUUAUGCUUCCACAUACGUAGCCAUGUACCCGCUAAUGCAUAUCUGCACUUUCAUAGUCAAUGCUGCAAAUGUGUGCGGGAAGGCGUGCGCGCCUCUCCCUUCCAUUGUGAUCUUGUGAUUGUGCCCUCGCUCGCUUGCACGUGAGGGAGAGAUGGAUGUUGGCGUCGUUGUUCCCCGGACCGCUUUUUUUAAACCUCUUUCCUGCUCGCCUUCUUAUUCUGAAUUGUCUUGUACACGUUAUUGUGCAGAGUGAAAAAACACACAGAGUUACCCUUUCUCGUGGUUUCGUGGCUAGACGCUCUUCCUCGUUUCUCCCUCUGCUGUCAUCCGUGGCGAGCGCCGUUCCUCGACACGUCUCGAUGAAAGAUUCUCUGUGGAACAUGUGCGCAGAGCGUUGUACAAUCUUGACCGCAUUGCUUUUGACUAAUUCAAAUUUGUUUUAGCU